AUGCAAUCCCUGGCGCUGAAGUCUCUGGCGCCGCCAAAGUCGGAGACGAAAAUUCCUCUGCCGCCGCCAAAGUCGGUCUGGGAUGAGGACAAUACGCACGACCCCCACGGCCACCUGCUGUCGCAGAACAAGGUGUGUGGCUACACCCUCAAGCCCGGCGAGCAGCGGUGCUGCGAACUGCCCAAGGACGACUGCCACAAGUGCUGCGUCAGCAGGACCUUCGACCCUGUGGAAGGGGAACCUUCCCCUGACACGUGCCGAAGAACGUGCAUCCGCAUGUGCUACAAAG